GGAGCGGACAUUCUGUAGCAGCAGGUUUGUGAGCGCAGAAGCCGGGGGAGGAAUCGGAGCGAAGAAACAGUGUGGCUGCAGUGAGGAAGGAGAGACACAUACAGAGAGAGAAGGACAGAGAGAACGGCCUCACCUUUUUGCUGACCCAUGAAAGAAGCCAUGCCGGUUCUCUCAGCAGGCACAGGCCUGCACGAGACUCUGGCCCUUCUGACAUCCCAGCUGCGUCCUGAUGCCAACCACAAGGAGGACAUGGUCUUCCUCAAAGACGUCUUCAGUGAGAAAAGCCUGGGCUACCUCAUGAAGAUCCAUGAGAAGCUGAGACAGUACGAGCGCCAGAGUCCUACACCUGUCCUUCACAGCGCCGCGUCCUUGGCUGAGGAUGUGGCAGAGGAGCUGCAGAGUGGACCAAUGAGUGUUGAGGAGAAGGAACUCCUACAGCUGUUGACGUCCCCCCAUCUGAAGGCAGUUUUGUCAGUUCAUGACACGGUUGCCCAGAAGAACUUUGACCCCGUGUUGCCACCACUGCCUGACGACUUCGAGGACGAGCUGGAGGAGGAGUCAGUGAAGAUUGUCAGACUGGUCAAGAACAAGGAACCACUGGGGGCCACCAUCAGACGGGAUGAGACCACAGGGUCUGUGAUCGUGGCCCGCAUCAUGAGGGGCGGGGCUGCAGACCGGAGUGGACUGGUCCAUGUAGGAGACGAGCUACGGGAGGUUAACGGCAUCUCCAUCAUUCACAAGAGGCCUGAUGAGAUCAGUCAGCUUCUGUCCCAGUCUCAGGGCUCCAUCACCCUGAAGAUAAUCCCAGCCGUUAAGGAGGAGGACCGUCUGAAGGAGAGCAAGGUCUACAUGAGGGCCCUGUUUGACUACAUCCCUGCUGAUGACAAGGCCACGCCCUGUCAGGAGGCGGGACUUCCCUUCAAGCGAGGUGACAUCCUGCAGGUGGUAACACAGGACGACCCCACCUGGUGGCAGGCCAAACGGGUGGGCGACAGCAACCUCCGMGCUGGACUCAURCCCUCCAAACUCUUCCAGGAGAGACGGCUGGCUUACCGGGUAAAAACGGGCACACUUCCGAACCCUAAAUCCCCUAAAAAUCCCACCUAUGACCAGGGAUGUGACAAAGCGGGUCUGAGGAGGAGUUUCCGUCUGAGCCGAAAGGAGCGGUCAGGAUCCCUCGGAGGAGCGGCCAGCCGCGACCCCACCGACCCAGACUUUGCCACCUACGAGGAGGUGACUCGCUACCAGCACCGGCCCAACGAGAGACCCCGCCUGGUGGUUCUGAUCGGCUCCCUGGGAGCUCGUAUCAAUGAGCUGAAACAGAAGGUGAUAGCAGAGAACCCACAUCGCUAUGCUGUGGCCGUACCGCAUACCACCAGGCCCAAGAAGCCUCAUGAGAAAGAGGGGUUGGAAUACCACUUUGUCACCAAACUGGRGUUUGACGCAGAUGCUCUGAGCAACAAGUUCAUAGAGCAUGGGGAGUACAAGGAGAACCAGUAUGGUACCAGUAUAGAGGCUAUCCGCUCUGUACAGGCCAAGAACAAGAUGUGCCUAGUGGACGUGCAGCCAGAGGCUCUGAAGACGCUGCGGACAUCUGAGUUCAGGCCCUAUGUCAUCUUCGUCAAGCCGCGUGUCCCGGAGAGCAGACGCCGUCGUAGUGCUGCCACUUCACCAGCAGGGGGAGAUCAUGGGCGAGUGACGGAUGAGGACCUGCAGGAAAUGCGUCAGUCAGCCCAGCAGAUGGACCAGCAGUAUGGCCACCUGGUCGACCGGGUCCUAAUCAAGGAGGACUCAGCCAGCGCCUGCACAGAACUCCGAGGCAUUCUGGAGCGGCUGGAGCGUGAGACCUUCUGGGUGCCCCUCUGCUGGGUGCGGACCUAACCCCCCUCUCCCCAACCACCACCCUCCAGAGGGGGGAUCACAGCCCCCCAGCCCUUCAUCCAGCAGGACCCCUACCCCAUCCCUUUUCUGAUCUCCUGGACCCCUUGGCUCCAUGGGCCAGCCUGUAGGGUGUGGAAGAUACUGCCCCAAACCCUGGCCUGAUGCCGGGCCAGCCACACACUGGCACUAGGGGAGAAGGGCAUGCGGCAAAACCCUUUGGAACAUUUCUGUGUUUGGAAUGUUCAAAGGGAAAGAUUGUUGUUCUGGCUACUCCACCCAACCCACCCACCCACCCACCCACACACACACACACACACACACACACACACUCUCUCUCCAUUGUUCAAAUUCAUGUUUUUCAUAUAUUUAUUCAAGUUGUUUUUUUAUUAUUUAUGUCAGUCAGUCAGCCAAACAUACAGACAUCUUUAUCGUGGAACCAUGUGGAGUGUCAUCUGUAGCUUCCUUUGGCCCGCAGUGUCUAGUACUUGAGUUUCCCCUUAAUAUAAUAAUAUAUGCCAUUUAUCACACGCUUUUAUCCAAAGCGACUUACAGUCAAAAACCUCAUACAGGAGUCCUGCAGGAAAUCCUACACAAUUUCUUCACAAAGACAACAUGACUGUUUUGUCAGGUUUCCUCACCUACGUCCGUUGCUCGUUGAUACAAUGCAUUCUGAGUGAGGCCUAGCCAUUGUUAUGUUGUUGAAAUGUUAUCCAAAAGCCAAUCCACCUGCUUCCAUUAUACCUGGAGAAUGAAUAGAAAUGCAUACAUAGUACGAUUAACCAACACACUCUGUCAAUAGUACAGUAGGAUAGAUGUAAUGAUACAAAAAUAAAUAUAUUAUUUUAUAAUGCUUUAUUUUAUCAAUUAUUUUAUGAUUUGGACGACAACUUAAUUAUUUAAAUCGCAGAUGUAAAUAUUCUACAUGCAAAUCCUACCGUGCCAACGAACGAUCUCGUAGCACUUCAAUGCAACCUGCUGAACUUUGACCCUAAGUGUCUAAUCCUCAGUGUGAAUUACUUCAGUUCUGGGACUCUGGAUGUGUGGAUGUCAUGUACACACACACACAAGUGCACUAAAACAUGCUAUGCUCCUUUUUGUGUACCAGGGAAUGCACUUUGUAUAGCUGACAUCAGUCACGUGUUUAAGACGCAGGUGCAGUGUGGGUAAUAGGGUUUUGAGGAGGGGUGGGGUGUGUUCUAUGGUCCAUCUUGAUCAUCAGGGUCCUUGUUAAAUUGUUCUGUAUGAGUUUUUAUCUACAGGCGAGGACACUGGGGUUAGUGGGAUAUGGACACCUCCAAGUGUGAUUGUGGGUUCAAGCCGUCCUUAUAAAUGCACACAGAUGUGACGUGUUUCUUUGACGUUAUCGUGGUGUUUACAGAGACAAUGUUAAAAGCCAUUUCAAGGUUACAAGGUAAUACACAAGAAAAACAAAUGACUCAUGCUAGUCAAACUGUUGUCACUUGACUAAAGCAAUCAGCGCCGUUUGGUGAAACUCCACCUGUUCUCAGUCUGUAUAUUGGCUCUGUCGUUCUGACCUACUGGUGAUCUUCUAGAGACUCUGUAUUCUCUCUCUCUGUGGGUGUGGGUGUGUGUAUGGACUUCAAGUCUUGUUUCAUGGUGGAGAACUGAAACUAUCAACAGGAGCUUCCAGAUCCUCCUUUCUCAUCCUGUUCUCUUUUUAACAUGCAAUGUGUUCUUGAUCUUUUACUGUGCUAUGUAAACCAAGAAAUCCAGAAUGUUGACUUUGUAACGUGACAUGUAUAAAGUGCCAUUGUAAAACCAGAUGAA